CAUCAGACUUAAUUGUGAAAACUUUCUUCAUGGCCAACGCGUUUUUGCCCAGUCAAUGGUACCACCGUCUCUCCUUAUAAUGAUGGGCAAUGACUGAUCUCAAAAUGAAUACUUUCUCAAUUUUGAAGUUGAAUUAAUUCCUAGCUAGCUGCUAGUCCUCUUUAAUUUACUCUCCAUCCCCCAUCUUGAUAAAGCUACAAUUAAUAAUGCGCUCAAGCAGACCAUCAUCAUCUGCUUAUUUCUUCAUGUUAGCAUCGUUCAUCUUGAUUUCCAUACCCACUUCUUUCUGUUCUGAAAACCAGAAAUAUGCAGCAAACUGCAACAAGCCCUUUCACUUCCAUUGCGUCGGUACCCGUACCCUUUAUCCACGAAAGUUGUUAUCAAUAGCUCCAGGGGUUUCCCUUUCCGAUUGGGCCAAGCGGGGGAUUAUACUUGGCAUUGGCAUGGCUGCGAUUUUGAUUCUCUCUUUGGUAAUAAUCUGCAGUGUUAAAAGAGGAUACUUGUCAUGUCAUAAAAUUCUCUGGUGGAAAAAAGAUGCAAUGAAUGAUCCGAUUAGUGCCAAGGAAUUGAUACAGGAUUAUGAACCAAUGGCCCCAAAGCGUUACACCUAUUCAGAUGUGAAGAAAUUGACCAAUUCCUUCAAAUAUAAAGUAGGACAAGGUGGAUUUGGAGUUGUAUACAAAGGGAAGCUCCCUGAUAGUGAUGGACGUAUCGUUGCGGUGAAGCUCCUUAGCGAGGCCAAAGGUAAUGGAGAGGAAUUUAUUAACGAAGUGGCCAGCAUUAGUAGAACUUCGCAUGUUAACAUAGUCAAUCUUUUGGGGUUCUGCUAUGAAAGGAAUAAAAGAGCUCUAAUAUAUGAAUUUGUUUCUAAUGGAUCUCUUGAUAAGUUCAUAUAUGACGAAGGAAAUUCAGUCACAAAUUGUCAUUUGGACUGCCAAACGAUGUUCCAAAUUGCAAUUGGUGUUGCACGAGGACUAGAGUACUUGCAUCGAGGUUGCCGGACAAGGAUUCUACAUUUUGACAUAAAACCUCAUAAUAUACUUUUGGAUGAAGAUUUGUGUCCGAAAAUCUCUGAUUUUGGCCUUGCUAAACUAUGCAAAACAAAAGAGAGUGUUGUGUCCAUAACAGGCAUGAGAGGAACUGCAGGAUUUAUUGCACCGGAAGUUUUCAGUCGGAACUUUGGUGGAGUCUCUCACAAAUCAGACGUUUAUAGCUAUGGAAUGUUGGUUCUCGAGAUGGUUGGGGGAAGAAAAAAUUUUCAAUCUGGAGUAUCUCAUACCAGCCAAAUAUACUUUCCUCACUGGAUAUAUAACAAACUGCAACAAGAAGAAAGUUUUGAUGAUACUUUUGGGGAUAUAACAGAAGUGGGAGAAGACGCAAUAAAAAAGUUGAUAAUAGUAAGUUUAUGGUGCAUCCAAACUAAUCCUUCAGAUCGACCAUCGAUGGCUAAGGUGAUAGAGAUGUUAGAAGGUACCCUUUUAUCUCUACAAUUUCCACCAAAACCUUUCCUGGAUUCCCCUACAAGGUCACCUUAAAAUGCUUCCAUAAAUUCACUCAUAAAAAGCCAAUCACUUGAAAUGGUUGUGACGUUAGAAUUUUGUUGGUAGGGGGCUAGCUUAUUUGAAGAGAUAUGAUCUCUUUAUGUAUGUGAUGUGUGUGUUUAUGUAGAAUAUUAAUUGUAAGAUGGAGGGGCUCACACAUGAGUAAACCUCUCAUAUGCCGUUACUGCCUUACUAAAGAAUUAUAAAAGUGGCAAACGACCACUUUAUUGCAUGGCUUAAA